AUGUCGUUUUCAACGCAGAAUAUCCCCCAGUUGCCACCAGAUCCAUUGUUUGGAUUGAAGGCCCGUUAUACAGCCGAUUCUCGUUCUGAUAAGGUUGAUCUGGGUAUAGGGGCCUACAGAGAUAACGACGGAAAGCCUUGGGUUCUCCCCGCUGUCAGCCGUGCAGAGACUCUUCUUAAAGAAGAUCCUCUUUACAACCAUGAGUACUUGCCAAUUUCUGGUUUCGCUGAGUUCACCAGCGCUGCUGCAAAAGUUAUUUUGGGUGAUGACUCACCCGCUUUGAAGGAAAACAGAGUAGUUUCGAUCCAGUCUCUGUCUGGAACCGGAGCUCUUCAUGUUGUAGGUGCCUUUGUUAAGAAGUUCUACAAAAUCAACUCCACUGACAAGGAACCAGUUAUUUAUUUGUCUGACCCAACCUGGGCCAACCACGUUCAAAUCUUCGAUACCUUAGGACUGCAGAUUGCCAAGUACCCUUAUUGGAAUGAUGCUACCAAGUCAUUGGACUUGGCUGGAUUCUUGGAUGCCAUCAAAUCUGCUCCUAAACAUUCAGUUUUCUUAUUGCAUGCCUGUGCCCACAACCCAACUGGUCUGGACCCAACUCAGGACGAGUGGAAGCAAAUUUUGGAUGCUCUUGCACAGUACCAGCAUCUUCCUCUAUUUGACUCCGCUUACCAAGGUUUUGCAUCUGGAUCUUUGGAUAAGGACAACUGGGCUAGGGUUGGUGCGGUCCAUCUCGUCUUGCCUGAGAAGGAUGAAAAGCUGUCAAAAGCUGUUUCAUCCCAACUGCAGAAGAUCAUCAGAAGUGAAAUCUCCAAUCCACCGGCAUAUGGUGCCAAAGUUGUUGGUAAGAUCCUGAAUUCUCCUGACCUUCGUAAACAAUGGGAAGCAGAUUUGAUCACCAUGAGUACCAGGAUUCACAAGAUGCGUGUUGCUCUCAGAGACGAGCUUGUUCGUUUAGGAACCCCAGGAAAUUGGGACCACAUUGUGAACCAGCAGGGGAUGUUCUCCUUCACUGGCUUGAAGAAAGAGCAAGUUGCCAAGUUAGAGUCUGACCACGGCAUCUACUUAGUUGGGUCAGGAAGAGCUUCUAUUGCCGGCUUGAACGAGAAUAAUGUAAAGCGUGUAGCUGCUGCCAUUGAUCAGGUUGUGCGUGUAUAG